UCUCUUAACAUCUCUCAGCCACACCCUCUCUCACAGAUCCCACCACCACCUCCCACCUCUCACCACCUUCAACCCCAAUAACAGAUCAAGUCGUCUCUCACAGAUCACGUCGUCUCGCCAUCGCGUGUUUUCUGAUGAUCGGUUCAUCACUACCGCAAAGAAAACCCACCGCGGCGCUGCCACCCUCAUAGUCGCCGCCCGCCGUCUCGCCACCGCGAUUCUAAAAAUGAGAGAGAGAUGUAAUCGGAAGAGAAGCUGCCGGCCAUGGCCUAUGGUCGGCCGGCCUGUUCAGACCAUGGAGAGAAAACAGAGGCGACGAUGAUGGUUGUAGUUAGGUUGAUAAUGGGGGUGGUCUGUGAUUGUUCCGGUUGUAGCAGGUUACAAAUUGAUUUUUGAAAUGUUGCUAAUUGUUUUCCCUCCAUGAAAUCAUGGUGAAGACAGACCCAUGUGUAGGAGUGUAGCAGAUGCUGUGUUUGUUCUUGAUGCCAUUGUGGGCUUUGAUAAAAAUUGCUAAUUGUUUUCCCUCCAUGAAAUCAUGGUGAAGACAGACCCAUGUGUAGGAGUGUAACAGAUGCUGUGUUUGUUCUUGAUUCCAUUGUGGGCUUUGAUAAAAAUGAUGCAGUGGCAACCAAAGAAGCUUACAUAUAUACUGAUUUCGUUCAGGGUGUACGGGGCGCCUUCGGGGAGGGUGUUCGGUGAUGGCAUUCCCCGAUCGGGAACACCGCCGCCAUCAAAGCGGGGUCCCGAUUCGGGGUGGGAUUUGUGUGUGUGUUCACCGAUGGAAUUUCGCGUGGAUCGAGAUAUGACCGUUGACAACGGUCGGAUAUUUAAUAAAAAAAAAAAAUUCAAUUUUUUUUAAACUAAUAUAAAUACCCAACUCAUUCUCACCCUUUUUUUAUACACAACCCAUCUCAUUCUCUAUAUUUUUUUAAACUCUCCAACCACAACCAUUUCACUUUUUAUUUUUUAUACUCUCCAACCAAACCCCCUCCACUUUUUAUUUUUUAUACACCGAGCAAUGGAGAACCGACCCCGCGAGGCCAAGAAAAAAAAUAAGGGGCGGGUAUCAAAACCGUCUCGAGAUGGUUCGAGUGGUGCAAAUGCUCAACCACAACCCCCUUUCGGAUACACUUCACAACCCCCGUUUUUUUUCCAACAACCUCCGCACCCCUCGUUUUACAACACCCAACAACCCAAUUUCGGCUAUUUUCAAAAUUUGCUAUCAAUGGACGCUCCUCCUCAAUCCCCCGCCUUCGACCCAUAUGCUUAUCGUUCUCCACAAGUUCCUUCUACACGAGGAAAUGUCGAACGUCCUCUACCUAUUGACGAGGACGACGAGGACGAUGAGGUAGUGCCCGAAACUCAAAAUUUGGGCGACGACGACGAGGAAUAUGAAUAUAAUGUGGACGAAGACGCGGGCAACGAAGAAGACGAGGCUCGAGAAAAAAAAGGGAAAACGGUGAGCGAAAAAUGGACAAAAGAACAAGAAGAGGCGUUGGCGAAGGCGUGGGUACAUUGUUCUACCAACAAAAAAAGGGCAAUCAACAAAGUCGCGAAAGUUUUUGGGGUAAAAUUUUAGAGCACUUUAACAAAACUAUCGGUGGAAGUAACCGGACCGUUCAUCAAGUACGGUCUAAAUGGAACCCGAUGCAUUCGAAAAUAAACUUUUUCAACGGCCUAUACCAACAAGCGGAUCGCACACGAGCAAGCGGAUGUCAAGAUCUCGACGUGAUGAAAAUCGCGUUAAAAGAAUUUAAGGAAAGAUUUCCAAGCGGUUUUCAACACAUCGAGGCGUGGGAGGUCGUUCGAAAACACGAGAAAUGGGCCCAAGUCCCAUUGAUGGGCGAGGAAGGUGAAGGUUCGGCACAUAAAAGAAAGCCUGUUGACGUAGACUUUUCAAUACCGGAUAUGAACGAAGAUCCCUCGCCACAAAGAGCACAAAGGCGAGACAAGCGUCAAGCUACAUCGUCCGAGGGAAGCUCGGCCGAGUUGGCGGCACAAUUCAAAGUGUACACCGCCAUGAAAGAAGCGAAGCAAGCGGUAGAAUUGGAGGCGAUCGAAUUGAGAAAAAAAAGAGAGUCGGAGGCUCGCGAGCUCAUAUCGGCACAACUCGAGACGAUGAAAAACUACAAUUACUAUCGAGAUAUGAAAACCUUCCUUAAGCCGCACGACGAUGUUCCGCCAAGUAUGUUGCCGAUCAUCCUCGCCCGAAAGCGAGAAAUCGCUAACAAGUACGGGUGGCCAUGCGAUUUCUAAAAUUUUAAUUUUCUAGGUUUAAUGUAAUUUUUAUUUUCUACUUUGAAUGUGUUUUUUUUUUUUUUUUCUAGUUUGAAUGUGUUUUUUUUUUCUAGUUUGAAUGUAUUUUUUUUUUAAAUUUAAUAAAAUGUCUUUUAUAUAA